CUACCCAUUUAAAAGUAAAAACCCAUCGUCCCGGUUGCACGGUGCAUGAGCGGCGGUGAUGGGGGGCAUCAAACAGGAGCAGAGUGAUGCAUCGCAGCAGCCGAAGCCUUCACAUUCAGCAGAGCAGCCACAAGAUGAGCAGCCCCUGGCCCCAUGUGAGCAUCUUUCCCCCUUUCUGCAGCCAAAGAAGAGAGGCUGGCCAAAGGGAAAGAAAAGAAAGAAGGUUCUGCCAAAUGGUCCCAAGGCACCGGUAACCGGAUAUGUCCGCUUCCUCAACGAACGCCGUGAACGUAUGCGGGCCAGAUACCCCGACUUACCUUUCCCGGAAAUCACCAAGAGACUUGGAGCAGAGUGGACACAAUUAGCCCUGAAUGACAAACAGCGCUACCUGGACGAGGCGGAACGGGAGAAGAUGCAGUACGCCCAGGAGCUGAAGGAUUACCAGCAGACCGAGGCUUUUCACAUCACCAGUGCGAAGAUCCAAGACAAGCGAAUCAAGAAAGAAGACACUCCAUCUGUUAUCAUCAGCACCAGUUCAGAGCCCUCGGCCUCAAAGGCGUCUGACCUCACCAGAGGAUUCGACAUCCCCAUCUUCACAGAAGAAUUCCUCGAUCAGAACAAAGCUCGAGAGGCUGAGCUGCGACGGCUCCGUAAGGCCAACAUUGAGUUUGAGGAGCAGAACGCGGUGCUCCAGCGGCACAUAAAGGACAUGUACAGCGCUAAAGAGCGCCUGGAGGCAGAACUGGGGCUGGACGAGAAGCGCACCCAGGCUCUUCACCAAAACCUGCUGACCAUUAAACACACGUUGGUCAACAGCCUGUCAUCGGUUCCCCUACCAGGUACGGGAGAGACGGCGUCCCAUGGGAACCUGGACUCCUACCUGAGUCGUCUCAGCGGAGUGCUGGAGGGAAACCCUCACAAGCAUCGGGCACUGGUCACCCAGCUCUGCGAAGUCUUCGCUCAGGUGGACAGUGAGAAGUUCUGAGGGAGACUUCAGCUGGCGAGCGUCUUCCUGCUACAGAGGGACCCGAGGCCGGCUGGCGGUGUCCGGUCAAGUCCGGGCCAACCGAGCAUAUGGAUAUCUCAAGGAUAGUAAAGGCAAAGGUGCAAACAGUAAAAAAAAAAAAAAAACACACACACACGGAGUCUGUGCUACAUGCCUCUUCUUCAUGAAUAUGUGUACACGGUAGAAAAUGUAUUGAUACGCAUGAGUUUUUGUGAAUGUAAAUCUGUCUGGCGAGUUUUAGGGUUUUUACACUUCAGGAAUUUCAUUAAAUGUCAUCUUUAAAAUCUGCUUUAAUUAAGUUAAAUAUGGUUGACCCUAACCUCAUGGUGUAGUAUCUGCAGUUACCGACAGGCUCGUGACCUGUCCAAUAACACAAACUGAAUUAUUUGUUUACAAUAAAUGCCAUUUGGCAUUUUAUGGCUAACGUGUUGUGUUAUUUAGAACGCAUGAAAAAAAAAAAACUUAAAAAAAAAAACUGGAAAGGGUGAAAAAUAAAACGUUGAGGUUUACAUGUUUGAAAUUGCAUUGAUGGUGACAGAUUAUUGAAUGGAUAAACUGUUUCAGGAUAUUCUAUAUUUGUGAAGUAUAUAUGUAUUUUCUAAAAUGUUCAUUAAACAAUACUGAGAAUCUUUCCAACAAAA